AUGGUUUGUUUGGCGGUGUUGUGUGCCGUAUCAUCGAUGAUCGUAUGGUCUUCGGUGGCGGGUUACGAUAUGCUAGACUGUAACCGACAGCUGUCCACCUUCCGAGUGUCCAACACCGACGUGAACGGAAGGACGUGUUCCGAUAAGAUCAACGUGAUGUCGUGCUGGGGUAGAUGCGAUUCAAAUGAGGUGUCCGACUGGCGGUUCCCAUACAAGCGUUCGCACCAUCCGGUGUGCAUCCACGCCGGUCAGGUGCUCACCGAGUUCGUGUUGAAGGACUGCGACGAAGGAGUUCUCGAAGGCACGGAACUUUACGUUUUCCCACAGGCCACGUUGUGCAAGUGUCACACGUGCAAGUCGUCGGAGGCAGCUUGCGAGGGGUACCGAUACAAAGAUGUUCAGUUCAAUUCUCCCGACCAAGUUUGA